AAUUAAUCUCCCUUCUUUCAUCAGCUGAGGAAUAAACUAAUACAGGUGCCUUCAAGUGUUGGUGACAACGCUUGUCUUACAUCACCCUGCUUAUGAGACUGAACAGUGGGUUCCGAGUCACCUCAGAAAAAGAAGUGGCAAACUGCAGAUCGGCAGGAAUAAAAGGGGUUCCUAGAACAGGGAGCAUUGUUCACCAAAGCCCUGGCCUUCCAGGAUUCAUGGCUGCUCACAGGGUUCAUCCUCAAGGCCAGGCGACAGGAGUAUCUUUUCUUCCUACUGCAGCAGAUGUGCCUUUGGAUCGGCAUCGUAAAAAAGGUCACAGCUGCCUUCCCACCAGAAAAUGUCUUCUGACUUCUUGCGGGGUAUUCCUCGUGCUUGGCGUUGUUGCCGCUGCGAUUGCUGUUGGGAUCAUCUUCGGGACACCUACAAAACCUGCAAGUUGGACAUAUCACCAAUGCAGGACAGAUUCACAGCAACCAGGGUUCCUGUGUGAGGACCGCACAACUUGCUUGCCACCAUCUCUGCUUUGUGAUGGCAAGAUGGACUGCCGUGACGGAUGGGAUGAAGCUGCUGCCUCCUGUGGUCAAAUGCCCGACAGUCUCCCACAAAACUUGAUUUUCAAGUGUCCCAACCAGAAGACAUGGACGUUUGUGGACAGGGUGUGUGACACCAGGAACGACUGUGGUGACUGCUCAGAUGAAUCAGUUUCACGGUGCCCAGAGUGCUCCGGCUGGAGAUGUGAGACCGUUUUCUUCGCGGACUGUGCCUGCAUUCCCAGAAGUCGCUGCAGAAACGGCAUCCAAGACUGUGCCGACUGGAGUGAUGAAAACCUGUGCGACUAGACUCAGAAGCGUGGGUUUGGAAAGGCUGAGAAAUGUCUUUGCCUUAAGACUUCUCUCAAAGUGAUGGCCUGUCUAUCUGCUUGUUUUCCAUCCGGGGAUGUAGGCUAGGGAAGGGUUAAAGAACCUGUGCCCCAGUUAACAAAGCAAACAGGCAGAGAUCAGAUGCAACUUCAGGUCCCUGGUCUAGACCUGUUUCGGAAGAGCCACUGUUCUGUGGGAAGCAUACAUGUGUACUCAUUUCAACCAAUACCAAGAACAGUCACCUUAAGCUUCAGACGGAGAUGUCUAGCUCACUAGUGUAGCCCUGGGUCAGAUGUAGCAGGAAAUUAAGUUUUAAAACACGUAUUGUUUUAGAAAGUAUGUAAGGUAUUAGAUUUUAUUAUGGCUGCUUUUCUAGUCUUUCAGGCUUUAUGUGUAUGCUCAUUUCCAUAUCCGGAUAUGUAUUUCAAAGUAGGGUCUGUAUGUUAGUGAGAACUUACAAUUUUUGUCUGAGUUUGGAUCACCUAUUUAUGGUAUUUAGUUCCACUCAUUUUCCUGGAGUUUUCUUUACAGUUGAAUAAAACUCUAUUGUGUAUGUAUACCAUA